AGUAACGUGAGUGUUAAAGGACCCCGAGAGCUCACAAAUCAUUUUUGACCUUUUUUGUGCAUUAUUUCGACCUCCAACGAACUCUUCAUCGAGAGAAAAGAUGAACAUCGACUCCUUUUGUCUCUCAACUCAAAGAAUCUGAUCAACGUUCAACUAUGAACUCUUUAAAAACCAUUUUAUUUUUGUCUUUCGUGGCAUUUGGUCUUUCAACAACAACCCCGGAAAAGGAUUCGUCGAAGAAGGAAGUCAUUCUCUCCGAAUCUGGAAGUGUUGUUAUACCCGAAACUCAACCAGAUCCCGUCAAACAUCCCGAAUCGACUGUAAAUGACACCGCAAGCAGCAAGAAAAAGGAUUUAAAAGAAUCUCCCGUUACUGACGACGCAAAAACGGGCAAUUCAGGGAUUCGAGCGAUGGUUCCUGACUCUUUGGAUAUCAGCGGAUCGACGGGAAUCUCAGUUUUGUUGUUUGUUAGUUCGUUACUCGUUGUGUUUUUUAUCAUGUAUCGCGCUUGUCGUAUGAAGCAAAAUCGCGGCGAACGAAGAUAUGGCGGCGUAAUGACGAGUUAUCAAGAAUUAUCGCCGAUCACGAUGGAAGAUGACGACUCGGAAUUGGAAGAACAAGCGUUAUUUGACAAAACACGAGACGCACAGUCUGUCGUUGUACUUUAAGGAACAUUCCAAGUGCCAAUUAAUAGAUUUUAGGGAAUUAACAAAGCAAAAAAGUUAGGAGUUAAUAAUUUAUUCAAGUCAAUUUCUCGUUUUUACUAAAACUUAUAAAUAAAAUGUGAUACUAAUUUC